UCAGAUCAGGAGGCUGAAAACCACAAUGUGACAGCUGACAGCAGUCUACUUGAUUCUUCAUUUGCAGAGAACUCUGCUACAUCAGAUCUGGAUGUGAGUUUGUCUGAAAGUUUGAACAAAUCAUCUGAUAAUGGAGAGAUGAGCUAUGAGUCAGAUGAUGAGAGCACAGACCGAGCUUCUCCCAUUCCUGAAAUGACCCUUCGAGAAUAUCAGCUGGAAGUGGCCAGACCGGCUUUGGAAGGCGAGAAUGUUAUUAUAUGUUUGCCCACAGGAAGUGGGAAAACUAGAGUGGCUGUGUACAUCACCAGGGACCAUCUGGACAAGAGACGAGCAAAUGGCUUGCCAGCAAAAGCUAUUGUUUUAGUCAACAAGGUUCCAUUGGUUGAGCAGCAUUUCCUAAGCGAGUUUCAGCCAUACCUAAAAGAUUCCUAUAGUGUCACCAAAAUUAGUGGAGAUUCCCAGCUAAAGAUUUCCUUCCCUCAAGUGGUGAAAGCGAAUGCUGUCAUCAUAUGCACAGCUCAGAUACUGGAAAACUCACUGAUGCAGGCAGCUGAAAAUAAAGAAGAAGGGGUCCGCUUGUCUGAUUUCUCCCUGCUUAUUAUUGAUGAAUGCCACCACACUAUCAAGGAUGCUGUGUACAAUAACAUUAUGCUACGCUAUAUAAAGCAGAAAAAUAGGAAUGAGAAAAUUCGCAAGACAGAAGGCUCCACAGAAGUGGUUCCUCUUCCUCAGGUUUUAGGGCUGACAGCUUCACCAGGAGUUGGGGGAGCCAAAGACAGUAAAAAGGCUGAAGAGCAUAUUUUAAGGAUAUGUGCUAACCUUGACUCCAGGAUCAUGACUGUUAAAGAAAACACACAGCAACUCCAGAGACAAGUUAAACUUCCAUUUAAGAAAGUAGAUAUUGCUGAAGAUAAAAAGAAGAAUCCUUUUGGAGAUAAACUCAAAAGGAUGAUGGUGAAGAUUGAAAAUUUGGGAGAUUUAUCUUCAACAUCUGAACAUGGA